AUACUUUGACAAUAUUUAAAGAAAACUGUAAACAUUUUAAAACAGAAGCUAAUGGAACACAGCCAGGACAUUAAUUAAAAUACAUUAGGCAAGGAGCACUAUUCUCAAACCCUCGAAAUAUUAACAAACGUUGAAAAUUAAGACCACCACCGGGAAAAUGGAUACCAAGCUGGAGGCUCGAGGCCAAUUUCCGGCCACGUUUCCGGAAACUUUCAAAAACUUCUUUGAAAUGAUGAACGAAGAUGAGGAUCAUGUUGAGAUAUUUGCCAACUUGCUGGAGGACAAGGUUAUACCCCGUCAAAAUAAGUCAAUGUAUUCCCAACGUCAACGAUGUGGCGGGAGCCUACGGAGUCAUAGCAGCGGCGAACGGAAUUCAGAAAGGGAACGAAAUCGAGAUCGUGAUAAAGGACGAUCUAACCUUCAGCAGCAGCAGCAAUAUCCCAAUCCCUUGCAACAGCAAAUGUCACAUAAACCGCGUAGUCGAAGCGGAAGCAUUAGCGAUAUGUCUCAAGGAGAUGGCUUACCUGCAUCUGUUGGCUACGGGAAUCGGUUUAGCGGUAGCGGUGUUGUCGUUGUUGGCCGUUCUGAUUCUUUCCGCAUGAAUCGGCAACCGCGACAAUCUUUAAGCGUCAGCAGUUCUGGCAUAGAUCACAUCGGUUAUGGCGAUAGUUGCCCUGAUGGCGGUGGCAGCCUAAUCGAUGUGGCAGGCCGUGGCGAACAGCCGAUGCAUGCGGAACGUGACUGCGGCGCAUCGCUUGGCAAGAGUGGCAACUUGCUUUGCAAGCACAUUAAGUAUUGCUGCCUGCAUCAGCCAACGCAACAGUCACCGGCCGUCGAUGGACAGCAGCAGUCGUUGCCUUGCGAUGCCGUAGCCAGCUGCAGCGGAAAUAAGUUGCAGCGUCUGGGUCCUGAUGGCGAGGAUAAUAGCACCAGUUUGCGGAUUGGUGCUCCCCCAAUUCCUCCUCAUGCUCUAACACCUCGUCACACGUCGGCUACUCUAGAUUCCGCCCUUGAUUUUCCUGCUGACUGCCUUGAAGCCGAACCAGCCUGGGUCAAACGCUCGGUUGUCACUGAUGAUGCAUUGUUUCGAUCGGUUCAGUGGUCCAAUGCCCUAUAUAAUCAUCAUCCAUCUAUAUCAUCGAACGUGGACCCGGAGCCGCAUUCAGUUUGUCGAAGCCGGCUGAGGUUUUGGCACAAAAUGCUUGGCUAUUUCGUUCAAUGUAGAAGAGGUAUGCGUUUAUUUAAUUCAUUAAAAUGAAUGUUUUAUGGUAUUCGAUCGAAAUAAAUUUUUUAUACAUGUAUGAUACAGCAUAAGACGGUAGUUGGGAUAGAGUUAAACCUGCUUGUAUUUGAAGAUGGGGACAGAAGUUUAGGCCAAUCAGAUCU